AUGUUUGUAACUAAAUCGGUUGAGUUACUAGCUGUCACGUUGGUGAUGACAGCCACUACAUUUGUUUCCAGCAUAGCUCCUAUAAAAUUGUUCACAUUGUCGAGUACAAGCUUAACGUACUUAACUGUGUUUAGUAUAGGUAUGUUAGUUGGAACUGCUUUGCUAAUUGUUUUGCCCGAGGGUAUAGAGCUAUUGAAUGAAGUGAAAUACAACUUGACCUCCUUUACAGUAGGUUUACCCAUUUUGGUCGGAUUUGUGCUCAUGUUCACUAUCGAUAAAGUCAUAUCUCGUAAAGACGAAGUUUCUUACACCACGCCAGAAACUACAUCAUCAUUCCAUCAGGCCAAAGUUGCUUCGACCUUGAAUUCGGUGUUGCAAUCAUCAAUAACCCUAGGGCUUCUUGUGCAUGCCGGAGUGGAUGGUAUUUCAUUGGGCUCUUCUUUUGCCGAUGAAGAUUCCACAUUGCAGUUUGUCAUGGUCAUUGCUUUAAUUGUUCACAAGAUCCCCACUGCGUUUAGUCUUGGUACAAUAUUGAGUAAAGAAGGUUUGGAAGAUAAGUUGGUUCUAGUGCAUCUCGUUUUAUUUGCAGUGAUGACACCAGUAAUGACUUGGAUUACCUUCACAAUUCUUGGACUCUUUAACACAAGCAUACAGUUACUUACUGGAGAAUUGUUAUUGUUCUCAUCGGGUACAUUCUUGUAUGUGGUGUUUCAUGUUAUCAACGAAUUUGAGGAUAGUUUGUUUGAAGAAAAUUCAAGUAGUGCUGGUGGAUCAAGCGGUAGUGAAAGCAAUACCUUUGUUGAUGAGCAAACAAAGAAGAAGAAUGUAUUUGUAGGAAUAGUGGGGCUAGUGAUUCCUCUCUUACUUAGUUUAGUUAAAGAGUAG